CAACCAUUAGGCAAGUGAUCAAGUUGGUCACUUCACUCACUAUGGCGCCAACACAAACAGCAGCACCAGCUGCAGCGCCUGCUCCAGCACCAGUAGUGGCCCCAAAGAAACCGUCGGAUGGCACCAGUCGUGACUACAAAUAUACGCAGGAGAUAUCUCAGAUGAUGUUCGUCUUUGGCGAGAUCCAAGACCCAAAUCCAGAGACUGUCAACCUCGUCGAGGAUAUUGUGCGCAGUCAGCUCAUCGAACUUAUCCUGCAAGCCCGCUUCCACGCGAAUCGGCGUAAUGUGCGCUACAUUACCGCGGAGGACCUCAUCUUCCUCAUUCGCCACGACCGCGGUAAGGUCAACCGUCUCCGGACAUAUCUCUCAUGGAAGGAUGUUCGUAAGCAUGCCAAAGACUCGGGUGGUGAUGGAGGGGGUGGUGUUGAAGUUGAGAAUCUCGAGGAUGGCGCUGACGAUAAACUAACGACCAAGGCGCAAAAAAUUACUAUCAAACUUCCUUGGGAGAUUUCGACGAUCUACAGCGAAGUGCUCCGUCAGUCUGGACACCAAUCUGACGACGAAGAGGACGAGGACGAUAUUGAGGCCCAUGAAGCAAGUAUACAACGCCUCAAAGAAGCCGAUGAUGCCACACGACAAAUGACGAGAGAAGAGUACCAACAUUAUUCAGAUUGUAGACAAGCAUCAUUUACAUAUCGGAAAGCCAAACGCUUCCGUGACUUUCUCAACCUUCCCCCACACCUGGACCUCAAAGCCAACGACGAUACCGUCGACAUCGUCGGCUUUCUCGCAUUCGAAAUGGGCCUCAACGUCAAAAAAUCCCUCGAAGAAUCAUAUUUACGAGAUGACUACCUUGGCACCUCGCCCAUCCUCGGCAAGCGGAAGUCACACCACUUACAUAGGCGAGGGGAACAACGGGAGAAACGCGCGAGAAGAGAGGAUGAAGAGGAAGAGGGAGAAGCACCACUGCCUACGAGUUCGCUGUUUUUACCCCCUCCAGAAGCAAGAACGGCUCUACGGCCCGAGCACAUCCAGGAUGCAUUUGCGCGGAUGCAGGGGGACUGGUCGCAUCACCGCAGUGCGGGGAUGCGGAAUUGGCGUGGUGGGCUCGUGCGCACCAGAGUCAGUCUUAUCUAGACUUGCUUGUGUGCUUUAUGUUAUAUGGUUUGAGAGGAUGAUCGGGCAUCCUUUAUAUUUGUAUCCCUACGGACUGCUAAUACUUCUUCUAUUAUGAUACCCAAAAUGUAGAUAUGGAUUGUACUAGUAUGAUUUCCGCGGCUGUUCCGGCAGGGCAGACGCGUCGUCUCGACGAGCUUUUUAUUCCAUCUCAAGUUUCGCCAACUUGAAUAUGAUACUUACGAGUCGUGGAAUCCAAAGGACUAUGCAGUGUACGUACGUUACGCCGUCUCUACUGCUUGUAAGUAUGCCAGUAGAUUGUCAAAGGAGAUGGCCACUUGUUCUUGGUGUAUCAUGCAACUAGCUGCGCAUUGCCA